AAUCAGUCUAGCAGAUUCAUUAAAUAAGAUGGAUUUUGAUAAAGAUGUAGAAGAUAAGAAGAAUGGUAUUGAGGAAAAUGAGGAAGAAAAUAAGGAUGAUAACAAAGAUGAAGAAGAAAUAGAUACAGAAUGA